AUGGAUCCUCGUGGCAGCAUUGACAGCAUGGGUUAUGACAUGUCCCAAUUCGUGUCCCAACAGCCUCCACAAAUCUUUGGAGCAUAUCACCCAGACGGCACUCCUAUACCCCCGACUCUACCGCCUGGUGCAUAUUUUGGUGAUUUCAACGAUGGAGGUGCAGACGACAAUGAUCCCAAGCGCCGGCGCAUUGCAAGGGCUUGCGACAUGUGCAGAAAGAAAAAGAUCAAGUGUGAUGGCAAGAUGCCCAAAUGUGGUCACUGCAUCAACUACAAGACGGAAUGUAUCUUCACACAGGUCGAGAAGAAGCGCAAUCCUCCCAAGGGAGCCAAAUAUAUCGAGGGCCUCGAAAAUCGCCUCGGCCGCAUGGAGUCUCUAUUACGAAUGUCUGGCCUCCUCAGCGAAGAAGAUGUAGGAAAGACCGACUUGGGGACGCUGGAGAAGCGUCUCGCCGAAAAGGCCUCCUCAAGAGACUUCUCAACCCACAAGACAGACUCUCCGGGUACUGCGAAGAGCGGUGCUAAUUCUACCGUGGCCGAAAAUUCCCCCCGACCUGGCUCACAACGGGAAUCCCUUGAAACCCCUCGGGACAAUAUGACUUCUCCGAGUACAGAUGGUGAUAGACCAAGCAGGGACGACGUAGAAAAUCUUUCCGAAGCAAUGUGCUCGCUUGUCACCAACAACGUUGGUGAGACCAGAUACAUUGGAUCAUCUUCGGCCUUCUCCAUCUUCUCGAGUAAAGGUAUAGAGUGGGUCAACGAAAAGACCGGGGAUACUUCUUUCCAGGAAACCAUUCAAAACGCUGUCAACGAAGACGAUACCAAGUGGCAAUACUGGAAGCCCGAGGUGUUUGGAGACAUCUUCGUCCGCCGGGUCUUCAAGCCGCUGCCGCCAAAGGAAGAAGCUUUGUCAUUGUUCAAGGAUUUCUUUGAAAACUUCAACUGCAUGUUCCCAUUGUUCCAUGAACCUACGUUCAUGCACCUCGUCGAGAAACAAUAUUCCAAGGAUCCAUACGAAGGGAGCGGGUGGUGGGCGAGCAUAAACGUUGCUCUCGCCAUUGCCUACCGCAUCAGAGUCAUGAGUAAUGUUGUUCCGCAAGAAGAUGACCAAAAGGCAUGGCUUUACCUCAAGAAUGCCAUGGGCGUCAUCACCGAACUGACUAUGCGAAACACCGAUCUUCUGAGCGUUCAGGCUCUUCUCGGCAUGGCUCUGUUCUUGCAAGGCACACCCAAUCCCCAGCCGUCUUUCUUUCUGAUUGCUGCUGCCAUCCGAUGUUCACACACGAUAGGACUGCACAAGCGAGGAUCAGCGUUCAACCUCAACCCCAUCGAAGUCGAACAGCGAAAACGAGUCUUUUGGAUUGGAUAUCUUCUGGACAAGGACGCCUGCCUCCGGGCAGGUCGACCUCCUGCACAGGACGAUGAUGACAUGAACGUCGAGCUACCUUCGGAGGAUCCCCCCGAUAACAUUGGAAAUGUCCCGUUGGCCGACGGUAAGAGUAAGAUAAACCUCUUCCGCCUCAUGUGUGAAUUUGCCAUUAUUUCAAGCAAGGUGUACCGCCAGCUCUAUUCUGUCAGAGCUUCCAAGCAAAGUGAUGGUGAGCUUCUGAACACCAUCGGCGAGCUCGACAAAGAGUUGGAAGCUUGGAAGGACAGCAUUCCUCUGGAUUUCCGGCCGGAGCACGAGAUCAAGACGUCGCACACCCCGCUCAUUCUACACAUCGUCGUCCUUCAUUUCUCAUACUACAAUUGCUUGACUACAAUUCACCGGAUGUCGGUCCAUCACGGCUAUUGGACCAGUCGACUAUCGGAAUAUGCCAUCCAAGGUCUCAAUGCGCGGCCUCUCAAUCCAAGGGUCUUCUCUUCUGCGGCGCUCUGCGUUUCAGCGGCACGGGCCUCGAUCCACCUCAUCAAAUACAUCCCACAAGGUGACUUUGCUUGCGUCUGGCUGAUUUUAUACUUCCCCGUUUCGGCAUUGGUCACCCUUUUUGCCAAUAUCCUCCAAAAUCCUCAAGACACCCGUGCCAGAGCCGACAUAAAGCUGAUGGACCUCGUCGUCAACUUUCUUUCGAACGUCGCGCAUGACGAAGGCUCUGGAUCGCUGAACCGCAUGCUCACAGUGUGCUCAGAGUUUGCACGCAUUGCACGAGUGGUGAUUGAAAAGGCCGAGAAGGAAGGCUCAAAACGAAAACGCAGGCUUGUGCCUGAAGAAGUCAUGCGCGUCAACCAAUCAUCCAUGGCACAGGUUCAGGCACAGAUAAACGGGCGCAAAACCGGAUCUCGAAGAUCAAGUGGCGCUGGCGCCUCGCCACGUACUACGAGCAGCAUGCCACCAACAGCCACAACCGCCGCACCUGUGACACCCAGUGCCGGUAAUGGUGCAGGCAAUAACAUGAAAUCUAACAACCAGUUCUUCAACAUGCCAACAUUCGAUAAUGAUUAUACUGACCCGAUCUCGGCUCCAGGCCUGAGUCCAGACAUGGGUAGUCAGCAGAUGCCCAGUUCCACAAUGUCGCCUCUCAAUGUUGGGUCUUUUCAACAUCCUUUUGUCCCCCAGGAUUUGUGGCAGAUGCCGAUGACUUUCGAGUGGGAUUGGGCGGAGACAUUUGGACAGCCCACUUUUAACGACUUUAUCUUGAGCGACAAUUCAACUGAUGGAAUGAUGCCUCAUCCGUGA